AUGGCCUAUAAUGUGGUAAGCCAGAUGAUACAGGCAUUGGCAUUGAAACAGGUCCAGUUGGAUAAGGAAUUGCUGGUGCUAUACUUCGAAAAUUACUAGCUAUUGGAUAUCCAGAACCACCAGCAGUGGUAUGUGAUUUUCUUAUUAAUUCCCUUAAUUUAUCUACUUUAACUUUGCGUAGAUGCAUUAAUUUUCGUCGUGAUAAAAAUUGCUCUAAAAAUUCGUCUACUUCCAUAUCUCCAGCCAAAAAUUUUUCAGCUAUGGUCUGUACAUUAAAGAAAUAAGAAAAUUAUUUAAGAAAAUAAUAAAUUACAUUAAAUAAUCAAGUUUUACUAACAAAGAAUGUUAGGAAAUACAAAAAAUGAUGAAAAUUUGUGUAUAAACAAAGUAAAUCAUGUAUAUCAUAAUUCAGCGUGAAUUCAAAAAAUUCAUAUUUUUCAAAUUAUUCUCGUCAUCAUUCUUAGAAAUUGAAUUUUUUUAAAGCAAUUUUAUAGAUAUGAGAAAACCACAUAAUUUUUGUUUGUACUUCUUUUCAAUUUUUCAAAAUUUCUUCUCAAAAUAUAUUCAUCAUUUGAUGAAUUACUCUAUUUAUACACAAAAUUUUAUAAUUUUAAUUUCCCUAACUUCUCUUAUAAGUACUAUUAAUAUUACUUCUGAUUCUUCUUCAAUUUCAGCUGCUGCUGUUUGCAAUAAAUCUAACGCAGUAUCAGCGGUCAUUUCUCCAGACUUAUUUUCUACAAAUAAUUAUUAGUUAUGAUUAUGCAUUAUCCAAAAAGUUAUAUAAUUAGUAUCAAUACAUACUUAUUUCAUCCAGCUUUUCUUUUACACUCGUGCAUAAUCUACUUCCUUUUUCACUGAGUUCCUUUAACAUCUGUUUGCCUUCUUGUAAUUCUGGCUGUUUGGAUAAAUUAAACUCUGCCAGAGAUGUGUUACUUGCCAUUAAUAAUUCUUUUUCAGUUUCUAAAUUUUUAAACUAGUGAACAAAGAGAAUUUGAAUUACAUUAAACUUUACUAUACAUGGACAAACUAUAAAUUAACAGAAUAGAAAACCUUUGGUAAAAAUUAAAAUUACCUGCUUUACAUCCUUUACAAUGUCUUCAAAUUUUGAAUCAUCGUUUAAUAAUUCCUUCAGUUCAUCAUUUGUUAAAUGUGACAAGAGACCUAAAGCUGCAGAGGAGGUUGCCACCUCAACCUGAACCUAAACGUAGUAAUUUCAUUGAAUGGAAUAGGAAUGCAGAAAUAUAUGCGUUUAAUACACGACUUUCAGAAAAAUUUGAUACAAAGAAAUUGGAUCAAGCAUUUACACAUAAAUCAUAUAUUCUUGAUGAAUUAAAAAAGCAGCAAGAAAUGGGAAUAGAAGAACCUAAACUUGAUAUAUCAGAUAAUGAAGAAUAUAUUGAGAAAGGAAGAGAAAUAACUUCAGAAGUUGUAAAGAAAUAUUUAAACAAAAAUUUACCACGUCUUCCUGAAGUUGGUAUUACGAGCAUCCUGUAUCCCAACAAACAUUAGCACAAACAUUUGUAGCACUUGUAGGAGCACUUGCUGAAAGCGUUAAUGUUGAUCACGCAAGUACUUUCAUCCGAGAUUUUUUAAUAGUUGGAUUAGCGAACAAAGACUUAACUGAAAUAUGGUGUCCAACUAAACCAUUCGAAAUGUUAAAUGAUGUGAUUUCUGCAGAAAGAAAUAUAUCUAUAGAAGCAAGACUUAUUGGACAAGCUGGAAAGAACACAAUUUUAUCAGUUUAUCAUGUUGGAAUUUAUGCAAACAAAGAAUAUUUGGGUUCAGGUUUUGGAGAAACUGUUGCAGAAGCAAAGGAUGUAGCAGCUAUUAAUAUAUUGGCGCAAAUAUAUGGAUUACACCAUACAAGUCAACCACUACGAUUUAAUGAAAAAAUAAAUAAUACUUUAAAUAAUUCACUGAAACAAAUUAAAAGAAAUAUUAAGCAAGAAAAAAGAAAAGUAAUACAGGAAAAAUACAGUUUCAACAGAUUACAACUUUUAAAAGUGAAAAGUAUCGAUAUGAAACUUAAUGAAAUUAUAAAUAAAGGACAUUUUGUGGACGUAUUAAACUACGAAUCUAUAUGUAUACGUAGAUCAUUACGAAAAACUGCAUAACGGUAUUAGCAACGUUCGUUUUAUGUGACAGAGAAUUUUAUAGCAUAAUAGCUGAUAUCAUGUUAUACUUACUGUAUAAUUUUUAUUAAUCGACUUUUGAUAAUAUUAUCAACAAUAUAUUAUGUAUUGACACUUUUCAAGAAUAAAUUAUUUGUGUUUUUAUAUGUUCUUGCAUCGAUAUCGUUUUUACUUUACAAAUUUUAUAUGAACCUAUACAUAAUUAUAUAUAAAACCUGUUAUAAUUAUCAAGUUAAUUGUAAUACAAAAGAAUAUACCAAAGUAUACAUAUAUUAUUAUACAUUUUUAUGAGUAAAUACUUUGAUAUAUUCCUUGUAUAUGUGAAUUAUUUUUAGACGAUUCGAAUAAUA